UACCUACGUGGCGGCCUGACAACCGUUGAUCGAGAUUACGGAUUGUUUAACAACAUCCAUCAUGAUAUUGGGACUCAUGUCAUCCACCAUCUGUUUCCUCAGAUCCCUCACUAUCAUUUAGUAGAAGCGACAAAGGCAACAAAGGGAGUGCUGGGAAAGUACUACAGAGAGCCAAAGAAAUCAGGGCCAAUUCCUUUGCAUUUGAUAAAGAAUCUGGUGAACAGCCUAAGACAAGACCACUUCGUCAGUGAUCAUGGCAACAUUGUCUUCUAUCAGAAAGAUCCAUAUCUCUACCACUAAUUCUAUUUUCUCUCUUAAAACUUAGUCGUCAGUUUUUCUUCUCUUUCUAAUUGUUCUUGUUUUGGCUUAGUCGCACUUGUAUUAUUCUAUUUUUAUCGAGAGAGACUUUCUUUUUUGAUCCUCAUCAAUAACAAAAAGAAAAAAAAAAAGUUACAAUAAGUUGAGAUUAUGUGGGUGUGCUCGUUUUAUUUUGAUUGUUCUGGUAUUAAUGGUCAAUGGGUAUUUCGGUAAA